AUGUCAAAAGUUGCAACAAAUUUCGUAAAUCAGUAUAACUUAACUCCUCAGAUGAGCAUAGCUGAACUAGGUAAUUAUUCUGAAGAAUUGGUUAAAAAUUUGAAAGAUGCAAAGGCCCGUGAUCAUGCACGAAAUCGGAUCCAGAAAUUAGGAUUUAGUAAAGAUCAAACGUAUGCUUUAAUUCCUGUCCAAACUUCUGGAAGACGUGUUACAGGUAGGGAAUCAGUUAAAAAACUUGCUUUGUAUAUUAAGGAGAAUGAAGGUAAUCUUGAAGCCGAAGAAAUAAAUGAAUUGGCUCGUAAUUUAGCAAAAACGGGCCCUACUGAAAUAGCCCAAUCUUCACUUCUUAAAUUGCUUCGAAAAGAAUUACGCCAACUCAAUGCCAAUUACAUUACAUUAGAAGCAAUAUAUGACCCAGAGAUUAGUCGUGCAUCAAAUAAAGAACAAGAGAGAAGACAAGAGCUUCGUGAAGAUGAGGGAAUUGAUUGUCCUGAAUUCUUUACUCUAGAAAAAUAUAAUUCAAAUAAUGCGGAAUGGUAUGAUCCUAAAUAUUCUUGGUACUGCUAUGCCAAAAAUAAAAAUAACGAGCCUAGGCCAUUUGUAUCGAUGGAAAAAGACCCACUACGAGCUAUUGAGUUACUUACUUGGAUUCAAAAGUCAAUUCCGAAGAGAUUUCCAUUUCUAGUAAAGGAUGAAGAUGGUGAUGUUAAUGUCCAUCCGAUUAACAACUUUUUAAUCCCCCAUGGCAUUAGUUCAUCAAAUUUAAGAAAAAUAGGUUCCGAACAUGCUAUUAUAAUACAUGGAGUGAAAGUUACUGAUGUUUUCGUUACCAAUGAUCCUGAACUUGAAUCUAUACUGAUAUUGGGUCAGCCAUGGUUCCAGGAAAAUGCAAUGAAAGUGGACUUCCCAAAUAAAACUCUUACAUUGCUUGAUGGAACUAGUUGCGAG